UUAGCCCCGCCUGUCCUGCGCGUGCUUCCCUACUCCAAACUUAGCGGAGGGUAUACAGAGCACGAAAGGGAGGAGGAAAGAAAAGAAAGGGAAGAAAGGGAGCCAGGAAGAAAGGAACCAAGCGGAGACCCAACGAGGGAAAAGGGGGAAAGUUUGACUAAAACCCUUGCGGUAUUAUCGGAGGUAACGCUGUCACCUGAUACUGCAGACGGGGCAGCUGCAACAACAGGUAAGUAUGAUUCUGUGAUCGACUUAAGCCUUUGCAACUACAUCUCAACCUUUGACUUCCUCCUGCCUUCCAAACCUGAACACCUUGUUUCAGUUAAAACAAAGUGUGUGUAUGGAGCAGUGUGAGAGUGCCGCCUCCCUCCUGGCCUCAGUGCGGGAGCAGGAGGUACAGUUUGAGCGCCUGACUCGGGCUCUGGAGGAGGAGAGGAGACGAGUCGGACACUCCAGCCCUCUCCCCCGUCCCCUCCCUACUCCGCAGAACGGUCGUGUAGCUGGUGAUGUGGACAUAGACAGACUCAAACUGAGUGAAGGAUACAUAAACGGGACGCAGUACAGGAUGCUGGACCCUGGCCACGUCCUUGAGACUUACACUGUGGAAGAGGACCCACAACAGUCCCCGUCGGUCGUCUCAGUGGAGACCAGUGACGAUGGAACCACCCGCCGCACAGAGACAACGAUGAAGAAAGUUGUGAAGACGGUCACCACACGCACUGUCCUCCCGUCCAUGUCUGACACCAUGUCGCUCGACGGAGGCGGAUCUUUAUCCGGCGGCUAUGUGGGCACCUUGGACCGCGUCUACAGGCAGGGUCCGGGCGGGGACUACCCGACCGCUACCGUCCCCAGGAAUUACCACUAUGGGCCCACGGGGGGCUACGACAGUUACAUGCCUGCCCCUCACCCGGAGAGCUACGUGAGUCUGAGCAGGGGGGCACGCCUGGACGAGCGCUACAGGCCGGUGGAUGGGUACAGGACCCUGGACUCGGGCUACCGUGCGCCCAGCCGGCAGCAGAUGGACCCUUACGGAGCGCAGCCCCAGGUGAGGAUAGGCAGCGCCAUGGAGCUGUCAUCCAUGCCCCGAUACAUGCCAGAGCCCUAUGGCCCGGAGGACGAUCAGCGGAGCCUGGGCUACGAUGACAUGGAGUACAGUAUGGCCCCCCCACCCGUCUACCCCGCCUACGGGACCGUGCCCAGGCUAGGCCCAGGUGGAGGUGGUGUGGAUCGUCGUAGGCUCAGGAGUUGUGAGGGCACCCUGGAUGGUGACAUGGGGGGGCCAGGGGUGGACCCCUACUGCUGGCCCCCACAGAUGGCGCAGAUGGACAGGGGCAGCAUGGCCUCUCUGGACAGCACCCUGCGCAAGGGCGACGUGUCCACGGCCUGGAGGCAGCCCGAGCUCCCCGAGGUCAUCACCAUGCUCAACUACCGCCUGGACCCGGUCAAGAGCAACGCCGCCGCGUUCCUGCAGCACCUCACCUUCAAGAAUGACAAGGUAAAGUCGGACGUGCGUCGCCUGAAGGGCAUCCCUGCCCUCGUCUCCCUGCUGGACAACCCAAAGAAGGAGGUGCACCACGCUGCCUGCGGAGCUCUGAAGAACAUCUCCUACGGCCGGGACCCAGACAACAAGAUCGCCAUCAAAAACUGCGACGGUGUCCCGGCCCUAGUCAGGCUGCUGAGGAAGACCAGGGACCAGGACCUCACAGACACUAUCACUGGGACCCUGUGGAAUCUGUCAUCUCAUGACUGUGUCAAGAUGGAGAUUGUCGAUCACGCUCUGCACGCCCUGUCGGACGAGGUGAUGGUGCCCCACUCCGGCUGGGAGAGUGGCAUGGGGGGGAAGACGGUCGACGACAGCUGUAAGCCCCGGCACCUGGAGUGGGAGACGGCUCUGACCAACACAGCGGGCUGCCUCAGAAACGUGAGCUCGGAGCGCAGUGAGGCGCGGCGAAAGCUCCGGGAAUGCAGCGGAUUGGUCGACUCCAUCAUGUAUAUCGUCCAAUCGCAGAUCGACCGCAAAGACGUCGACAACAAGCUUAUAGAGAACAGCGUCUGUCUGCUGAGGAACCUCUCCUAUCAGGUCCACCGAGAGGUGCCUGGGUGCGAGCGCUACCUGGAUUCCACACCCCAGAACCAGGCCAACGCCCCCGGCUCUGCACACAAGGCCAGCUGUUUUGGAUCACGCAAGGGCAAAGAUGAGUGGUUUUCCAAAGGAAAGAAAGAUACAGAUGACGCUGCUGCGGACUUAAUUGACAUUCCAAAGAGAAGCACUCCAGCCAAAGGCUACGAGCUGCUGUUCCAGCCAGAGGUGGUACGGAUUUAUACAUCCCUGUUGAAGGAGAGCAAGAACCCAUCUGUGCUGGAAGCGGCCGCGGGGGCCAUUCAGAACCUUUGCGCUGGCCGGUGGACUUACGGGAGGUAUGUGCGGGCCAUGGUGCGCCAGGAGAAGGGCCUGCCCAUGAUGGCAGAGCUGCUGGCGCAUGGGAACGACCGCGUGGUGAGGGCCAUGUCCGGAGCUUUGAGGAACCUCGCCAUCGACGGCAGGAACAGGGACCUCCUGGGGAAGCACGCCGUGCCCCACCUGGUGGCCAACCUCCCAGGCGGGGGCCAGCAGCAGCCGGCACGUGCGCUGUCGGAGGAGACUGUGGUGUCGGUGUUGAGCACGAUGGCAGAGGUGCUGGGCUCCAGUGUGGAUGCGGCUAAGACUCUGCGCGCCUCACAGGGCAUCGAGCGCCUCGUGCUCAUCAACAAGGACGGUAACCGAUCAGAGAGGGAGGUGCGUGGAGCUGGGCAGGUGCUCCAGAUCGUCUGGGGGCAUAAAGAGCUGCGCCGCACGCUGGAGAAGGACGGCUGGAAGAAGACUGACUUCAUGGUGAACGCCAACCUCCCCGCCACCAGCAACCGCAGCAACGGGGGCUAUGAGGACAGCACGACUCCCCUGAUCGAUAGAGGCGGAGAAAAGAAGGACAGAGACAUGAUUCCUCUGAAUGACAUGGGACCAGAUGCAUAUUCCACACUGGAUCAGAGGGAGAGGCGGCACACCCUGGACAACUCUCUCGACAUGGCAGACAGGGACGGCAUACCGGGAGGGAGGUAUGGGGACAGAAAGGCCUCGUUGCCUCUGGUCGACUCAUACGACGAAAAACUGAUUGUCUGCAUCGCUCGGGGAGAGCGGCCUGUUCCCUCCCACUGUUGCUGAGCAAGAAUCGACACCCGAAAGGACAACCGGUGGACCCCCUUCCCUGCCCACCCACACAUAACAUCCUUUGCUUUUAUUCUUCUCACCUUGGGCGCAGCCAGGAACCGCAGGCUGCCUCAGUUGCUCGUCACUGCCCUAGUAGCACUCCUGCUUAGCAGAGUGUCAGCUAGGUAGGUCUCAGCUGCAGUGUCUGUCUGGCCACAACCCCCCCAAGAUGAAUACCGAAUGCUAGGGAUGUCUUAAGGAGUUGAACCCUGAUGCGUCAUGUGAUUUCCCCUGUACUCGCAUUCCAGUUUCUCAUUAUGACCUAAAAACCAGCUUUCCCAAAACUACUUUUUCCUCUUCAGUUUUCUCCUUCAGCCUUUAGGGGUUAAAAAUUCUUGCUUGUUGCUGAGAACCAACUCAUUUGCCCCGGCAUGAGGAUUCUUGUUCGUCUCAAAAAAAUGCCCUUUCUGUUUUUUUUUUUUUUUUUUCCCCCCCCCUCCAUAAAUAAGAAUGAGGUGAUUUUUGGGUGGGAAAGAGGAUGGGGGUUUAUUGUCUGUCCAAAGAGAGCGGCAGGAAUCUGGCCCACAGCUGUGGUGAUCAGACAUAUAAUGGCAAUGCCUACGAUGCCAUGAAAGAGGUUACCUUCUGACAAUCACUGUUUGUUAUUGCUAAUGAUACUCAGUGGAUAUGUAAUACCACUGUUUUGUUCUUAAUUGCAUGAUUACUCCACCUAGCCUGAAUUACAAUCGAUUUUCAGACGUAUUUGAAAGUGAAUUAUUUUUUUUGUGUUCAAGAAUAGGUCUUCCAUCUCUUGUGCCUCCGCCAUGCGGAUGUCGAUGUACAGGUUAGUCAUCCAUACCUCUGCCAAACCUUCAAGUCUGCUUCCUCCUGUGUCAGACUGGCUGCCAUAGAAACAACACAUCUUGAGUUUAUUAAAUAAUUAAAAAAAAAAAAAAAAAACAGAAAGUGGCAUUUUUUAAAAUUCUUUCCGUAAAUGCUUCCCCAUCAAAUACUUAAUAUCUUCAGGUGGAUUUCAUUGUUUUAAAAAAAAAAAUCAACUUUUGUAAUUGAGUUAGUCUUAGCUAGCUGACCUAAAUUACUAGCAGAAGUAUGGUUUGGUAAGUGUUGGGUUUAAUGUACAUUCCCCCCUUCCCAUAGGUUAAAAAUAUGUAUUUGUAUACAGUUAAUGUAAUCUCUUCUGGCUUUGUUACAUUGUUUUAACAGGGGUCACUGAUUAUAAAAGGCACUGAGGAUAUAGGGAGCUAUAGGGAGAAUAGCAGUGACUUUUGGUUACUGGUUGGUUUCCACUGCGCUCUUUGUGAUGUAGAAUGAGUUCAAGCCCCUGCUGCUGGUGCUGAUGUGUCCGAGGUCUUGUGUUAGGGAACAGGCAGUACAUCUUUAAGAAUCCUGAAGUGUCGGAGGUCAGGGAGGGCAGUGCAGGAAUGUCGUUUUAAAAUGGACCAGUUUUGUGUAAACGUAUUUCCAACUUUUGCUGUUGUACCUUCUUGGGAGGAUCUUUGAACUUUUGGACCUUUUUAUUAACCCCCUCCUCCCCAAUCCCCGAAUUAAUUUAUUUGUAUGUGUCAAGCUCCGUACGAUUAUAGCCACUAUAAUGAUCCUGGUCCUUGCACCUGUGUGCACAAGCAAAGGCUCUUGUCUUUGUCUACAUGCUUAGAAAUGAACACGUAAAGAUUAUAGCAUUAAAAAGGAAUAUUGUACAGCUGUGCAAAAGGUCAAGUAACUUGCAAGGGUGAAUUUAACACUAAAGCAUAUAAAUGCUGCACAAAGGUCAGAACGUGCUAUACUUGUAGGAUUUACACUACAGAAUAUACUUGCUACUAAGCAGUACUGCACAAAUGCUGACGGCAAAACUGUGGAAUUGCCUAUGUAUCAGUUACUAAUGUGAGAUUGGGGGCUUUUGGAAGACUAGUCAUAAUCCCACUACAUUUUGGGUAGAGAGGAAUGGGAUUGAGGCAACUGACCCUUGAUUUGUUGCUUUGAAAUGUGCUUUGAAAUUUGAGGGGACUUUUUUCCCCCCGCCCCCAAAUCAAUGAUUUGCGGAGACCCGAUUUUUGGAUCUAAUUUGAGUAAAAUGCACAUUUAAGUAUAUAUGUUUUUUGUUUUUUUUUUUAAUUUCAUUUAAGCAUUUUGAUACUGUUGAUUUUGGGGGCUGUUGGUCUGGGGAUUUGGUUUAAGAGCUUAUGCAAUCUGUUGAUUCUGAACAUUUUCCAGCUUAUUCUUUUUAGACAAAACUGGCAAAAGACAAAUCAUGUUUGUUUUUAAUUUUCAUCCUGCGUUUCAUUCUUGCGAUGCUAAUGUAAGUUAAAUCAUAUUGAAACCUUUAUCUUUUUGCCUUUGCUCUUAAAGUUGCAGGUUUUUUUCAUUAAAAUAUGUAACUGGCAAUACUGUUUUUUAUAAAAAAUAAAGAUCUUUUUCUCAAA